AUGGUUUCUCAGUCGUUGAAGAAGAACUACAGAUGCUCUCGAUCUCUUAAGCAGUUCUACAGCGGUGGCCCUUUCAUCGUUUCAUCCGAUGGUUCUUUCAUCGCCUGCGCCUGUGGUGACGCCAUUAACAUCGUCGAUUCUUCGGACUCAUCGGUGAAAUCCACCAUUGAAGCCGAGUCGGAUACGCUCACUGCUUUGGCUCUUAGUCCUGACAAUAAGCUACUCUUCUCCGCUGGGCAUAGUAGACAAAUUCGAAUUUGGGAUUUGGAAACCUUGAAAUGCAUUCGCUCUUGGAAGGGACACGAUGGACCUGUGAUGGGCAUGGUUUGCCACGCAUCUGGAGGAUUGCUAGCUACUGCUGGAGCUGAUAGGAAAGUCCUUGUUUGGGAUGUUGAUGGUGGUUUCUGCACUCAUUACUUCAAAGGUCAUAAAGGGGUUGUGUCAAGUAUUUUGUUCCAUCCUGAUGCAAACAAAAACAUCCUUUUCUCUGGAAGUGAUGAUGCAACCGUUCGUGUCUGGGAUCUUAUGGCAAAGAAUACUGAGAAGAAAUGUCUUGCCAUUUUGGAAAAGCAUUUUUCAGCUGUGACUUCAAUUGCUCUAUCAGAGGAUGGAUGGACUUUACUCAGCGCUGGAAGAGAUAAGGUUGUGAACGUGUGGGACCUUCAUGAUUAUAGCUGCAAGACUACAGUUGCAACGUAUGAGGUACUAGAAGCUGUGACAACAGUUUCUACUGGGACGCCUUUUGCUUCAUUUGUAGCUUCUCUUGAUCAGAAGAGUAAGAAGAAGAAAACGGCUUCUCAAGAAACACAUUUUAUUACUCUUGGGGAACGUGGGGUAGUGCGCAUCUGGAAGUCGGAAGGUUCAGUUUGCCUCUACGAGCAAAAGUCGUCGGAUAUUACUGUCAGCUCGGAUGACGAGGAUUCUAAAAGAGGAUUCACUGCAGCUGUUAUGCUGCCUUCUGAUCGUGGACUGCUUUGUGUGACUGCUGAUCAGCAGUUUUUUAUCUACUCCGUUCUGGAAAAUGUAGAAGAAUCAGAGUUAGUUCUAAGCACGAGGCUUGUUGGAUAUAAUGAAGAAAUUUCUGAUAUGAAGUUCCUAGGUGAUGAAGAACAGUUUCUAGCAGUAGCUACAAAUCUUGAGGAGGUUCGUGUUUUUGAUGUUGCAACAAUGUCAUGUUCCUACGUGUUAGCUGGCCACAAGGAAGUUAUUCUGUCCCUUGACACUUGCGUAUCUAGUUCUGGGAAUGUUCUUAUCGUGACUGGAAGUAAAGACAAAACUGUAAGGCUAUGGAACGCAACAAGCAAAUCUUGCAUUGGAGUUGGUACAGGUCAUAAUGGUGAUAUCUUAGCAGUUGCGUUUGCGAAGAAGUCCUUCAGUUUCUUUGUCAGUGGCAGUGGUGAUCGUACAUUGAAGGUCUGGAACCUUGAUGGUAUAUCAGAGGACUCAGAGGAGCCCAUUAAUCUGAAAACUAGAAGUGUUGUCGCUGCCCAUGAUAAAGACAUCAAUUCUGUGGCUGUUGCUCGUAAUGAUAGCUUGGUUUGCACUGGCUCUGAGGAUCGGACAGCUAGCAUAUGGAGACUACCAGACUUAGUGCAUGUUGUUACACUUAAAGGACACAAGAGGCGGAUUUUUUCUGUUGAGUUUUCACCUGUCGAUCAGUGCGUAAUGACAGCAUCAGGUGAUAAAACAGUAAAAAUAUGGGCUAUAUCUGAUGGUUCAUGCCUCAAANCAUUCGAAGGUCAUACCUCAAGUGUACUUAGAGCCUCAUUCAUAACUGAUGGAACCCAGUUUGUCUCAUGUGGUGCUGAUGGUUUAUUGAAACUUUGGAAUGUGAACACUAGCGAAUGCAUAGCCACAUAUGACCAGCACGAGGACAAGGUAUGGGCUUUAGCUGUCGGAAAGAAGACAGAAAUGGUUGCAACUGGUGGAGGCGAUGCAGUUAUUAAUUUAUGGCAUGAUUCAACCGCUUCUGAUAAAGAAGACGAAUUCCGGAAAGAGGAAGAAGCAAUCUUGAGAGGUCAAGAGCUAGAAAACGCAGUGCUAGAUGCUGAAUACAGUAAAGCCAUAAAAUUAGCAUUUGAGCUUCGUAAGCCUCACAGAGUUUACGAACUCUUUGCUGGUCUCUGCAGGAAAAGAGAAUCAGACGAACAGAUUGUGAAAGCUCUUCAAGGACUUGAAAAAGAAGACUUCCGUUUGCUUUUCGAAUAUGUCCGAGAAUGGAACACAAAACCAAAGCUGUGUCACAUUGCUCAGUUUGUUCUUUACCAAACCUUCAACGUACUUCCCCCUACAGAAAUUGUUCAGGUAAAAGGAAUUGGAGAACUCCUGGAAGGGUUAAUCCCAUAUUCUCAGAGACAUUUCAGUAGGAUCGACAGAUUUGUGAGAAGCAGUUUCUUGUUAGACUACAUACUUGGUGAGAUGUCUGUGAUUGAUCCAGAGACAGAGACAGAGUAUCCUAAGGAGAAGAAAGAAGAAAAGGUUAUUGCUUCUGUGUCUGAAAUGGAACAAGAUACAGAAGAGCCAAACCAGGAUACACAUUCGAGGAAACGAAAGUCUAAGAAAUCGAAAGAUAAAUCGAAGAAGAAGAGACUCAUUGCCGAAACUCAGGGAACUGUAAUCGCAGUUUGA